GUGUGCGGGGCGGUACGCGCUGCAGGACAACGCUACAUUGUGUCACAUUGAAAAGUGUAUUGCGCUGUUUCAAGAGACUUCUAGAAACUUUCGCCGCCGGGCCUGUUCCAGAACCACGGGCACAGUGCACCCCGGGACCAGAGAACGGCACUUGAAGGACGGUACGGGGUAAAAGAAAAGAAAGAGGGGACGGUGUCAACCGAAUCAUCUGCUAACACGUUUGGGCAGACGUCCGUCGUGCAGGGUGAGGAUCGAGACCGGAAUCAGGAUCCGGGACCGGGAUCGGGACGUAUAAUUUCUCGAAAGGGACUCUCAAAAGUGUCGGAACUUGGCUGGUGAAGCAUCGAUCGAGGACCUCCCGCCCACUUCCAAAAAAGCCCGGAGGGGAGGUGAGCCGCUAGUGAGCCUGCAGCGGUGGAUGUUGGAGAAAGGACGAGGAGGGCUAGAUCGCUCACUGUCCGAGUCCCCCUAACGGAGAGCUCUCGUCGGCUCUCUUCUCUGCUCCAUUCGACCCGCCGUGCUCCAGUUCCGCAAGACGCUCGGGUUUGGUCCGGGUCUGAUCCGGGUCGGGGGGGGGAGAGCGAGCCGCUUGCUUGUGUUGAAGUCCGCGAGGAAUCGCCGCAAUCUAAAUUGAUGCUCGCCUGCGGAGGGGCGCAGCGGCACUCCACUUCCAAAGUCGCCUACUUCACAUGAACACGAGGGAGGGCGCGUAGUCCAGGGCAGCUGGAGGUUUGGAGAACUUGCAUGCGUGCUCUUCGUCGUCUCGAGUGAAGCCAUCAGUCUGCUCUCAGCCGGUCGCAGAAGACCCUGGUAGUCGUGGUGCCAUGGCGAUGUUUGUGGGUGGAUGGAUACUCCUGCUGGCUAUGCACACCCAAGCUGGUAAUGGACAAAUGGUACAGAUGGACUCCACUAAGUCUGGCUUUGUGGGCUCACAAGUGGAGUUGCGCUGCAUCUUCAUCAACAGCAACCCACCAGUCAAGAUAUCUCAAGUCACCUGGCAGAAGUUUCUCAACGGCACCAAGCAAAACGUGGCCAUCGCCAACCCGGCCCUCGGCGUAUCCGUUCUGGCGCCCUUCAAGGAGCGAGUCAGCUUUAAGCAGGCGGCGGUCCGCCACCGCACACCCUCUCUAGAGGACACCACCAUCGUGUUCUCCAACUUGCGGCUGUCUGAUGAGGCGGCCUACAUUUGUGAAUAUACCACUUUCCCGGCUGGCAACCGUGAGAACAUGGUCAACCUCACCGUGUUUGCUCGACCUAUGACGCGCAUGACCUUGACGACGCCGACCAUUGUGGCCAGGGCUCAGAAACGGAAGAUGACCGUGGCCACUUGUGUGUCAGCCAAUGGGAAACCCCCGAGUGUGAUCAAAUGGGACACUAGGUUGAAGGGGGAGGCCACUUUCCAGGAAACCCGGAACGCAAAUGGCACCGUCACAGUACGCAGCAACUACAUAGUGAUCCCGAGCCGCGAAACCCACAAACAGAAGCUCACCUGCAUCGUCAGCUACCGUAACGAAAGGUUCACCGACAGCGUGGUGCUCAAUGUGCAGUAUGAACCUGAGGUAAAGAUAGAGGGCUUCGAUGGAAACUGGUACCUGAACCGCCAGGAUGUGAAGCUGACCUGCAGGGCCGAUGCUAAUCCCCCCGUCACCAUCUACCAGUGGAAACUUUUGAAUGGCUCGCUGCCCAGCAAUGUGGAGAUCAAGAACAACACCCUGUUCCUCAAGGGGCCCGUGACCUAUGACCUGGCUGGCUCAUACGUCUGCGACGCAACCAACGGCAUCGGGACUCGCACUGGCGUUGUGGACGUCAACAUCACAGAAUUCCCUAACAACCCGCAACCUGGGGGCACUGAGAUCCCGCUGAAGGAGCACAAUGCAGGUGCCGCCAUCGGGGGCGCUGUAGGGGGAGUGGUCCUGUUGGGCACGGCGGCUGUGCUGCUCUUCGUAUUCCUGCGUCGCCGCCAGCGCACCUUCAAAGGAGACUACAGCACCAAGAAACACGUGUUCGGGAACGGCUACAGCAAAGCCGGCGGCCUGCCCGCCCACCCGCCCAUCCCCAAGAACCUGCAGUAUCCCGACGACUCCGACGACGAGAAGAAGCCCGCCCAGAUCGGCGGCCCGGGAGGCUUUGAGGCAAGCGAGCGCGACUUUGACGGCGAGGCGGAGGACCUGAAGAGGCCCUAUUUCACCGUGGACGAAGGGGAGAGCCGGGAGUACGACGAGCGGACUCUCGCUUUCCAGUACGACCCGGAGCAGGAGAUAGCCGAUGAUAUGAUCUCCCAAACCGACGGCUCGGUCAUUUCUAAGAAAGAGUGGUAUGUGUAGUGGCAUGUAAAAAAAAAGGGGAAAAAAAGAAAAAAAGGAAAAAAAAUGAAAGAAAAAAGAAAAAGAAACAAACACAAAAACCCUCUGUCCCCACUGGCAUUUUACCACACCCCACCACCACUAUCACCACCUCCCCACCAUUCACCCUCCACCCCCACCACCCCCCUCCCCUACCCAGAGCCCCAUCCUUCUGACACCCCCACCAGACCCCAUCAAACUAACCUGCAUUCGAGUCGAGCGUCAGUUAAAAGUGCAGCGUCACAACAUGGUGUGUACUGACCCACAUUUCAUCAGGCAAAUGGACCGAGAGCGCAAGCAAAGGUACGUAAUUGGACUCACGCCAGCUGCCGGUGACUUUCGAGGCCAGAGAGGUGGAUGGUCGAUUAUUACUGGUGUAUUAUUCUUUCCUGUGAUUUUCUUUUUCAUGUUCUAAUUGUAUUAAAUGUCUGAAAAAGAAGAAGAAGAAAAAAGAGAGACUGCGGGAUGUGGUGUUGCUGAGCACAUUUGUGAAAGUCCUACACUGGAUGUACGAACACUUUUUUUUAUUCUCAUAAGCAUUGCCUUCUUUUGGUUUUGUAAUUUUUAUAACGUGCUUUUGUAUGAUUUGAAACUGACCAGGAGUGGGAGGUGUCUGGCGUCAUUACAGGUGGCGUGAAAGGUGUCUGUAAUUUUGUGGUCAAGUGUUUCAGAGGAUGUAAAAAAGAAACGAAAUUGGCCGUUGAGCAUCGUCAUCCUAUCUGCUCCUCCUCUUCCUCAGUGGGGUGUCACCACGCAUUGAAAUGACACAGCUUGUGGAUAUUUUUCCAACAUGAUGGGUGAAAAAAUGAAAAUGUCAUAGCUGUUUAUUCAAAAUCAUGUUUUUUAUUUAAUGCCCCCCCCCCUCCCCAUAUUUAAGGAUGUGCUUACUCGCUGACAGACCUGCGUGGGUGUGGCGGUAACACGUAGACCUCAGACGGUGUCACUCAUGUUCUCAGCUCUCAAGUGUUCGAAGUUUCCAGUGUGGUUUACUGCCCGCGGCGGUGGACGGGGGACGCAGGGGAGAGACGGGCUGCAGGUGUCUGAAAGCGGCAUACAUAUCAGUGUUUUCCCCUCCGCCGUGCCAUACCUCACCCGGGCGGCGGCGGGCGCGGCCCACUUCUGUCUCCCGCCAAGCGUCGCGUGGACGCUGCGAAGCGCCAGGCGUCUCCAGCGGGCCGGGCUGUGUAGCCGAGCUCCUCGUGUCGCCACUGUGUUUAAAUGUCUGUUCUGUGCUGGAUUGUCAUGAUUACAUGUUUUGCUCUAACCCCCUUUUUUUAUUUAGGCGACCAGGAAGGGUGCUUCUGGGCGUUUCCCACUCAUGGCGCUGUGUCUCCUGGUCACUGUGUGUGAGUGCCCGUUUUGCGUUGAAUCGGCCUGAACCACUACGUAUUGUACGAACAGUCCCCAGUGCACACGAAGGACACAGUCGAAGACACGAUAACGGCCCCGUGUUCUUUAUGUACAUGUACAUAGAAAGAAAGGUAAAGGGAAUUUGAAAAUAUUAUGGUGGCCAUCCUGGAAUAUACUAAGUCACCCGCUGCUUUCCCAGAAACGUUUUAGUGUCCUGUUCUUUCUAAACACGCGGCAGUAGCUCUUCGGGCAGCCUAGCGGAUGGAGGGGGUGUCCUGGGUAACAGCAGCGGUACCGUGUCUUGCCACAGUCCUGCCGGAAAGCAUUUCAUAUACUGCCUUUUUUCUUUUUUCUUUUAGCAUUUUCUGCCUUUAUUGGGUAGUGACAGUAGAGAGAGAGGCAGGGGGGAGAGAGAGACGACAUACAGCAAGGGGCCCGGGCCGGACUCGAACCCGGGCUGCUGCAGUAAGGACUCAGCCUUACGUGGUACGCGCUCUGUCAGGUGAGCCCCCGGGCUGCCCCCUGUCUACUGCUUUUGGAAGCAAGGGAAACCUUGUGCCGCUGGAUGUGGACAGCGGCAGGGGGCUUGAUUUGCUGCGUAGCGUUGAGGUCAGUAAUACAAUUAGCAAACCACUUCGCUUGACAAGAAAAGAGUUACACGAGGAAUACGGUAAGGGAUCAGAUAGAGGCAAGGGAGCUAAGGGUGGGUGAAAUGGCCUACCUGAAAGGCCCCGGACAAUAUAAAUACUGUAAUAAGCCUUAUUUCAUGCAUGAUUUUUCUGUGGGAGUGGGGGUGAGUAUGUUGCUGUUGUUUUUCCUCAGUCAAUCCAGUGCAUUUGUCCUCAUUUGCAGCUCAACAGACAUCACUCCCGGUGUUUUUAAUGGGGCGCAGCGUUGCGUUUUUAAGCUUCUAGGCAGGCAGCACUGUACAAAAUAGUGCAAUUUACAAAAAAACAAACAAAAAAAAAAACAACAACGAAAAGAAAACAUCUGUAUGAAAACAUCUCUAUAGGAAGAGCCGAUAUCUCUGCAGGUUUUAAUGGUGUUUUUCCUUUUGCCAUUUACCAUGCUGGUCCACUGUAUAUCUUCAGAUGAGCAUGUUGACUGUGAGCCUCAAAAGUAAUCUAGUAUUUUCAAGACAAAGCCGACUACACGAAGCUCAGACCUGUCUUGAAAUGUUGUCUGAAAUCAUUUGAAUUAAUUCAGUUACAUGUUCCUUAUUUAUACAGCCAAGGUCCUCUGUGCGGUGAGAGCGGCGUGGUUGGGAAGUGAUAUGGAGGGCUCACGUCAGGAGUUGGUAUCUGCGAGGUGCAGUUGACGACAAAUUGCCAGUAACCAGGUUGCCAUCUGCAAAGCGCAAAAGCAAGUUGUUAACUAAUAUAAAUCGUCCUUUGUCUGCUUAGCCUAGCUGGUGUGCCGUUACCUUUCAGCGCUGUGUGAUCUGUGUUACCACAUAGCGUAGAGAGACCUGUGGAAAAACAUGGGUAUAUUUUAUUCAUGCAUUCAGUGCCUAUCAAAGUCUGCAGACGCGAGGAAGUCCAAACAGAGUUGCUGCUCCGCCGUUCGAGUCAUUCGUGUCAGCAUCAUGGUGUAAUGACAUGUGGCAUGUGCUUCUAGAGCCGCUGGGUGGGGAUUACUCAAGUAUGAUGGGUUUGUGUUCCAGCGGAGAUGCACAGAACGGCCCUCAGUGCUAUUUCCUUAAAGUUCGAGCACGCCACCAACAAGGUGUCCGUCCUUGAUCUCAAAAUCAACUUAUCUAAACAUAAAGAAAUGAAACGCUGCAGGGGAUUACCAUCUCAACCGAUUAACUGCAGCUAAAUUGUGACACAGCACUUUCUCCAGUCAAAACUGGACGGUCUCGAGCCUAAAGAGCCGGAACGGUUGGAAAUGAGUCACGCGUCGCUGACCUGUUGUAAGCACACUUGAGUCUUCUAGUCCGUGAUUGGAUGUGUAACUUGUGGACUAGAAGUGCAUUUUUUGGAUCAGGCCCAAAGACGAGAUCAGUCCUGCUCCUUUUCCAAGCACAAAUCAACACUGUUGGUUUCCGUUUGUGAGGAACCAGUUUUAGUUCGUUUGUGUUCCUGAUGGCGCCGCGGCCCGCGCGGCGCCCCGAGCGCCUCGGAGAAAGGAAGCUUGGCGUUUUGGCAUCUCAGUCGUUCGCUUACGUUCCGUGUACUGGCUGGUGUGAACAUCGUCUUCAUGUUGUCAGGGUGUUAUACGUUUCUAUUUUGUAAUACUGACUGUAACUUCAUUCCAUCCUAAUCUACUUUUGUAUUCAGUAUGCUUACUCCGGAGUUCAACAUUCCACUGUAAAUAAUGUAAAUAUGGUGAGAUUAUAGGUGGAGUUUAUUUCAUAGGGACCCUGUUCAUGUAAAAUAUGCCUAUUUUGAUUGCAACCUAUAGACUCGAAAAUAAUUGGUGGAUGACGUCGGUGCAUAGCUUAAAUCCUAAACCCCAUCUAAAACGCCCCUCCAGUACGUUUUGUUUUUUAUUUCUAUUUUUAUUUUGUUGGGAUUUGCCGGUAACGGCUUCUCUGUCAUAGAAAGGGGUGACGACUACAAGCCGUGACAUGACGAUAAACCGAACGAAAAACAAAAGAGAGAAAUCUGUCUGUAUGCAGCCAUGUGAAUGUAUAUUCCUGAGGGUGUUACAAAUAUGAGAAAAAAAUCCUGUUCAAUUGUGAUGACCCAGUGAAGUAACUUGUAUUUGUUUUAAGCAUUAAAUAAUUUCAAUAGUC